GGGAACUCGCCCUACGCGUCGUUCUGCGUGUUUCUCUGCGCCUCCACACAGGCUGGACCUACACAUUCACUACCGUCAUGUAUCUCCCGCGGAACCUGAUUGCGCACCUAUACCAAAACCUUGUAAAACGAACGCACGCUGCCGCACCGCCCGUCCUGCUCCUGGUGGCCCUGGAACCGGACGCGCUAUGCGCAUGUCGAAUCCUUACCGCGCUGCUGAAGCGUGACUACAUACCCCACAAGAUACAGCCGAUAGCCGGAUAUGGAGAUCUGUCGAGGGCAGCGGAAGAGCUGGUCCGGCCGAUGCGUACAACCGAGGGCGGAAGCGGAGGCGUUGUGGUGUGUUUGGGCGUGGGAGGCAUGGUAGACAUGGAAGAGAUGCUGGGUCUGGACGUGGAUGAGAAUGGCGAGGGCGGGACUGGCGAUGUCGAAGUCUGGCUCUUGGACGCGAGACGACCGUGGAAUCUGACAAACGUUUUUGCCGCCCCCAUCAGCCAGGACCCCGCCACGGGAGAAUUGGUGCGGAGACAGGCCGGCGUGGACAAGGGAAAGAUUCUGCAUUCCUACCAGUCAUCAAGAGGCGGAAUCAUAGUCUUUGACGAUGGCGAUAUCGAGGAAGAAAUGCAGACGGAGCGGGAGGCGUAUGUGGGGCUCGAAGAGAUGCCCGAGGUGGGGGAGGAAGACGACCUGAGCGACUCGGAGCCAGAAGACGAGGAGCCUCCGUCUGGACAGGCGCCGAAGAAGAGGAAGUCAUGGGGCGAGGGGGAUGAUUCAGAAGACGACAUGACAGACGACGAGCGGCCAGCACAAAGACGGAGGAGCAAUUCGGGCGCCUCAAUACCAUCCUCACCGGAACCACGGCGGCGACGAGGCCUACUUGUCGCAAAUCAACUAGGCGGAUCCUCCGACUUUUCACGUUCAGGCUCCCGCAGCCGCUCCGCAUCUCCAUCAAUAGCCGCUCCAAAAGAGCAGUCCGUCAAGAGUCUACGACGGCAGCUGAUCAAGAAGCGGGACAAGUACGCACAGAUUCUCGACAAGUACUACGAACUCGGCACAUCCUACUCGGAUCCCGUGUCCUCACUCGUAUACAAUCUGGCCUCCGAGCUCGGUCGCGAGGACAAUGACCUGUUAUGGAACGCCAUUGUGGGGGUCAGCAGUCUGGAACUGUACGGGCGGACAGGAAGUGGUGUUGGGCUCAACCCGCUUUCAGCGCAGGGCGGCUCCGCGGGUUGGAAUGGCAAUCGCGGAGAGAACAUACGCUCUGUGCUGCGAGACGAAGUACGGCGGUUGAAUCCCAUCACAGAUUCUGCAGGCGUGUCCCGCGAUGCGACAAUGGGCGAAGUCUGGGGAGUCAUUCCUACAAGCGCCCGUUCAGCAACAGACAAGGCCAUCCGUCUGUCACCAGAACCUCGCUUCCUUCUCCUCCGGCACUGGUCUCUGUACGAGAGCAUGCUGCAUUCUCCUUACCUCUCUGCCAAACUACACAUCUGGAGCGAUGCGGGGCAAAAGCGACUUGCAAAACUCUUGGCAAAGAUGGGCGUCUCUCUGACUGAAUGCAAACAAAGAUAUACCCACAUGGACAUGGAGCUGAAGCGUGGGCUACGAGAACGCCUCCUCAAGUUCGCCCCACAAUACGGCUUGGAUGGCCUAGUCCCUCCAAAGUCGAGUACAGGCGAUCCAAAAGACGGGUGGGGCUUUGUCCGCUGCUGGGGCUGGAAAGCCUGCCUCUCAGCCAUCGAUGCCGGCGUCGUCCUAGGUGCCAUCCUCGAAGUUGGCGACGUCAAGAACCUCAACCAAUCCGCCCUGGACAGCUCAAACUUUGUAGGCACAAACGACCACACGGAAAUGCAGACGGCGACCCAAGAACAGCAAGAUCUCGCCCAGGAACACAUCACAAGCCGGUUCUGGACAGCAUACGACGCUCUCGGGAACAUUGACCUGCUGGUCGAGCACAUCAGCACAGCACAGCACCUCCACCGCGCCAUCCUCCGCACCGGCACCGCCCUGAUCGAGAAGCGCCAAAUCCGCCACCUCCGCGCCUUUCGCAUGGCCGUCGUAAAAGAAGGCCCCGACGUGCAACUCUUCACACACCCCGGUGCCCUCACCAAGCUCGCCCUCUGGAUCGCCGAAGCCAUUGUCGAACUCAACGGCACAAAGGGCAAAUCCAAAGGCAGCGAGCUCGUCAUGGCCGGUCUCGACGACUCGCGCGGCCUCUACGUCGUCGUCGGUCUCGGCGGCGGAGGCGGCGGAGGCGGCGCCACGCAAUCCGCCAAAUCGCGCCUCCAGAAACGCGAGGCCCGCCUCGCCGCCCGGCAAGCCAAGCAAGCGCAAAAGGAAAAAGAACGAGCCCUCCGCCGCGAAGCUCGCAUCGCACGCAAUCUCGCAGCCGGUCUCGAAGAAGACGAAAUCGCCGACAACACCGAAUCCGAAGCCUCGGAAUCCGACUCUUCAGAUAACGACUCGUCUGACUCGGAUGAUGAUGACGAUGAUGACGAUGACACGAGAAAAGGAGGCAAGAAUCGCUUUGGCAAUGCGUUCCAGGAGGUUGUGCGGGAAACGGGCGCCAGAGUCCGCAUGGACAGCUUCGAGGCGUGUGUGAUUGAGAUUAAAAAGGAGGAUUUGAGCGGCUUUUUGGAGAAGCUCAGUCAGAAGGCGGUGGUGGGGUAAGUCAAGUAAGUGUGGGUAGGGCAGGACAGGGGGAGUGCACGUUACGUUUCAACGGUGUGGCUUCUUUUAUUUUAUUUUAUUUUCUUUCUUCUUCAUUGUUCCUUUUGUCCUUUUGGUAAGGGGUAUAGGCUGUCACAUUAGUUGGCUGGUUGGUUACGGCACAGCGUGAUUGGUAUCUGGGUAUGCCUGGGGUCGGUACGUUGAUACCCGUUGGUCUCUUCUUUCUAUUCCCCCCUUUUCUGAUCGUCACGGCAAGGUUUGAUGCGACAAGCGAAUGAAUGUAUA